AAGAAAUGGAUCAAGUCGGAAAUUGCGAAGAAAAAAUUAUGUGAACUGAUAAGGAGGAAAAGAAACUAUCCAAGGAUCCAAAGCAUAUUCUCUCUUGAGAGUACAUGAUCUGGAGCAGGGUUUCCAACGGACUCUUCGAUUACGAAAGCAGCCAGAAUGAUAUAAAACUAGGCAUGUUCUCUGUGAAUAAUAAAGGUCUGGUGGUGAACUCGAAGGAGAGAGUCGCUCAUGUUCCCUACAUCAAAGACGGCAAGUGGGUUGAGAAAGAGGAAGAUCCAAAGUCCUUGGCAUACGUUGAAAGAUUAGGUGACGAAGAUUUCGUGAUCAAUCCUGUAUAUUCCACUUCUUCGAUGAGUAAUAGAUUGUGGGAGAUCGUCAGAGGGAGCCAUUAUGAAGUAGGCAAGCCAGGUUAUGUUAUUAAACCUAAGGAUAUUAUUAAGAUUGGAAGGAUCUCCCUAAGAGUAAGAGAACUAGUCACUCAUAAUGUGGAGUCUUACGCUUCUAUUGAUGAAGAAAUGGAGGAUUGAGUCCAGCUUCAAGAUGAGCCUGAUAAUGAAGGGAAUUGCAAAUUUUGUUGGACUGCUGAGGAGACUGAAGAUAAUCCAAAGUUAUGUCCUUGCUCUUGCACUGGUUCAAUGAGAUAUAUUCAUAUUAAUUGACUCCGUCAUUGGAUUGAUUCGAGAAAGCAAAUUAAAGGUGAAAAUGGGGUAACUUCGGUAAUUUGGAAGAAAUUUGACUGAGAAAUAUGAAAGAAACCUUACCCUUCUUUAUUCGAAUAUAAAGGUAAAUAAAUGGAGUCUUCAUUCUCUGUAUGAAGAAGGAAGAAAUAUCCUUAAAAAGCCCUACAUUAUAUUAGAAAGCAUGAAAUGAGCUAGGAAUACAGGAAAGGUUAUUCAUACAUUUAAAUGGGAGAACCGUGUAUUUCCUUAUAAACUUGGAAGAGGUCAUGAAGCUGAUGUGAGAGUGACCAACGAUAUCUCUGUAUCUCGUCUCCACAUGGAGCUUGAUUAUAAGGGAGGUAACUUUAUAAUCAAAGACUUAAAGUCUAAAUUUGGGACCUUAGUCCUUUCUCAGAAGCCUAUAAAGAUUGAGAAAGGAAGUCAUUCAACAAUUCAGGUCGGAAGAACAGUUUUGUCAUUUACAGUUCGAAAGAAUUCUCAUUUUGGUUUGCCUGAGUUUGGAACUAAAAGUGUUAAAUUUCAAGAUGUGAAGACGUUUUUUGAGCGUGACUUCCAUAUUCCAUAUUUUGGGCUUCCUGCAGGCCAUGAAAACAUUAAUUUUGCUCAAGAAGAUCACGUAAAUAAUAUUCCACAGUUCAAGAUACAUAGCAGUACAGCUGUGAUGAAAGGAAAUCUGCUCCCUAUUGAAGAAUACCAAGUUGAUCUUGAUAGAUUACAAGAGCAAGAAGAUGGAAGAAGAGACCAUCUAUAAUCUACUAAUUCGACCAUAGUGCAUCUUUCUAAUGUUCCUAAUAUCUUGAUAUAAAUCUCAACU